CAACAACAUUAAAAGCGGUGUUACUCACGCACGAGCCAAGGGAGCAGAAGAACAGAGAGCUAUAAUGGAGCAACGGUACAACACGAGGAGCCCAGCUGUAAAGAGGCUGAUGAGAGAGGCCAUGGAGCUGCGAGAGCCCACCUUCAUGUACUUUGCCCAGCCUCUAGAGGACAACUUGUUUGAGUGGCAUUUCACUAUCAGAGGCCCGGAGGGGACGGAGUUCGAGGGAGGGUUCUAUCACGGACGGAUUAUUCUGCCCUCAGAGUACCCAAUGAAGCCGCCCAGCAUUAUCCUCAUGACGCCAAAUGGGAGAUUCUCUCUACACCAGAAGAUCUGUCUCUCUGCUUCCUCCUACCACCCUGAGCUCUGGCAACCUUCCUGGAGCAUAAGGACAGUAUUACUGGCAAUCAUAGGGUUCAUGCCAACAGAGGGAGUUGGUGCAGUCGGGUCUCUCGAUUGCCCAACUGUAGAGAGAAGAAGACUGGCCAAAAGGUCUCUGGAGUGGAAGUGUGAGGUGUGUGCAGUUCCAAACAGAGAACUUCUCUCCUCUGGAACGGAGGAAGGAGUGCAGAAAAAGGCCAUGGAAGAAGCAGCUGACAUUGUAUCUCAGAUGGCCUUCAAGGCAAGAUCAGAGGCUGAGGUACAACAACAAAAGAAGGCUCUUUCACAACAACAAAAGCCACAACAACAGCAACAACAACAACAACAGCAAGAGAAGGAGAAAGAACCUCAGAAGAAGCAGGGAGAUCAGCAGGACACAGAUGAAGUUGUUGAUUCUGGUAAAGUGAGCGAAGAUGUCUCACCUGCCACACCCCCUGUGACAUCAUCACCCACCGACCAAUCAGACGAGGCAACAGCAGCUGGAGAAGUGGGCGGGGCCAGAGAGGACCCAGAGACUCAGCUAAGACAGAGACCUCAACAGACGUCUGUCGUCUCUCCGUCACCUUUGACCUCUCCCAGUGAACCUGCCCCCAGUGGUCCGCCAGGGGGGUUUUCCCUUUUCCUUAUUGUCCUACUCCUCAUCUGCAUCUUCAUUCUGGUUGCUAGGAGACUCAUCAUCAUGUGUCUUUGA